AACCGUAUAGGAAAGCGUUGUAUAGAUUUAAUCGUCGCCCUUCGGCGUUCUGUGUCAUUCUUCUUCGUAAGCUAAGCUUUUCGAAUCCCAGACGAUAUCUAAUCUAAUCUAAUCUACACAUAAUGCCUCUGCUCUCUCACUCCUUCUCUCUCACAGAUUCCAUUUAGCAAUCCUUCUGCUUCUUCCGUCUUCUUCUUCUUCUUCUCGAUUUCCCCUUUCCGGGCAUGUUUUUCCCACGGAUUUAGCCCCAUCUCCGACUGUUUUUCCGGCCAUCUAUCGCCGACGAUGCACCGGGACCGAGCUGCCGGUGGCGCUUCCAAGCUGGACGUCACUCCCAUCGAUCGGAAGCGUAUCAACGAGGCUCUCGAUAAGCAGCUCGAGCGAUCCUCGCCCUCCACUUCUCGCACCGUGAUUAACGGCAAGGAUAAGCCCGCCGCCGCCGCCCAGUCGGUCUUGAUGGGGAAGCCGCCCUCUGAUCAGAGAGACUCUCGCUCUGCGUCCCUCUCCAAGACCAACUGCUCUGAGGAAUCUGAGACUGACAGUGAAGAGUCAGAUGUCAGUGGAUCUGAUGGUGAUGAUACGUCUUGGAUUUCAUGGUUUUGUAAUCUGCGAGGAAAUGAGUUCUUUUGUGAAGUGGAUGAUGACUAUAUACAAGAUGACUUUAACCUUUGUGGUUUAAGCAGCCAAGUUCCAUAUUAUGAUUAUGCUCUUGAUUUGAUUCUGGAUGUUGAGUCCUCUAAUGGUGAUAUGUUUACAGAGGAACAGAAUGAACUAAUUGAAUCUGCAGCUGAAAUGCUUUACGGUCUAAUUCAUGCGAGAUACAUAUUGACAAGUAAAGGCAUGGCUGCUAUGCUGGACAAGUACAAGAAUUAUGACUUCGGGAGAUGCCCUAGAGUCUACUGCUGUGGACAACCCUGUCUUCCUGUUGGUCAAUCAGACAUUCCCAGAUCAAGCACCGUCAAGAUAUACUGUCCAAGAUGUGAGGAUAUUUAUUAUCCUCGAUCAAAGUAUCAAGGUAACAUUGAUGGAGCUUAUUUUGGAACUACAUUUCCUCACCUCUUCCUGAUGACAUAUGGACACCUUAAGCCACAAAAAGCCGUUCAGGGUUACGUUCCGAGAGUGUUCGGAUUCAAGAUCCACAAGCCAUGAAGCUGAAACUUAAAGCCAUUCACUUGGGUGAGUUCUAUGCAUCCAUCUCUGUUUGCUGAAACUUCUUCUCAGUUGGAGGACAUGCUUUGAGAAUUAGUUUAGCAGAUGCCUCCUUUGAGAAUAAUAAUGAAGAAGAUUCCUCCAUUAUCUGCGUCUGAAUGUGGAAUGAAGCAUUCGUCUACCCCAUGUGAAUCGAGGUGCCAAUUCUCAUGAUGGCUCGUAUUUGGUGAGCUUCUUUAGAAUUUCUUCCCCCACCCCCCAAAAAAAGGAGAGAAAAAAUCACUUUUUGGUAGGUUAAGUAUGGAGAUUACUAUCUUGUUUCCUCUGUUUCUGCACCUAACAGUUUGAUUAAUGACAAUUCAAAUAUAGCUUGUCACGAUGCCUUAUCUUGUAUUUAUCUUUUAAACUUUUGUGAAUUUGUUUGACCUGAACUGUUCAUAGUGGAUAGGCGCAAGGUUAUUCCUUGUGAAGUAACUACACCAAUUGCUUUCAACUUGGAAGCAAUAGUCAAUGGCUUGUUCCUUUUUUCAA